UUGCAGUAAGUGGUGAUGGAAUCAUCUUCGAAAUAAUCAAUGGACUUCUAUCCCGAAAAGAUGCGAAAGAUAUUAAAAUUCCAAUUGGGGUUAUUCCUGCAGGAACUGGAAACGCGUUAAACAUCUGUUUGCACGGUGAAGCCACCGGUACCAACGUGCAGCAAUCGGUACUCACCAUAAUCAAAGGUAUACCUAUGGAUAUCGAUGUUUGUUCCGUAUCUCAAGGAAACAACUGUUACUUUUCUUUUCUAUCGCAAACAUAUGGUAUGGUCGCAGAUUGCGACAUAGAAACAGAGAACAUGAGAUGCCUGGGCGACACUCGUUUCGCAAUUGGCUUAUUCCG